AUGAGAAGAACAAACGUGCACUCAAACGGCACGCUAGCAGCGGGUACAGGGAUAAUUCCGCGCCUUGACGAUAUUUCUUCCUCGAGUACCGCCUUCCCGAGUACCAAGGCACUGGCCUCCCGGUGGCUGCAAGAAUGUUGUACGAGUCACCGGGCCUGCAAUGUCGACCACGAUCGCAAGGGCUUCAACCCGAAUAGAUUACUAGAUGUGGGAAGGAUACGGGACGAAAUGAUCCAGCUGACUGACACGACUCCUACGGAGCCUAUCACAUAUGUGACGCUAAGCCACAGAUGGGGACAGGUAGACGUGCCACUCUUAACGAAACAUACGGAAGCUUCAUUCAAGAGCGGCAUCGCAAUCUGCGACCUGCCCAAGACUUUCCAGCACGCAGUGACGGUCGUUCGAGAGCUGGGGCACCGCUAUCUUUGGAUCGAUUCCUUGUGUAUCAGACAAGAUCGAGAUGACCUCUCCGACUGGCUACACGAGGCAUCCCUGAUGCAUAAGGUCUACGGUCACGGCCACUUCAACAUAUCUGCAACUGGAGCCAUUGACGGAUCCGAAGGCCUGUUCAGAGAGCGAGACCAUACCGCCAGAGGGUUUGAGAGGGUCUCCUUAAAAGUCGAAGGCUUGAACGGCGGGCCUAUCCCAUGUAUAGCCUUUUAUUUCCCCUUCUGGACAGAUAACGUGGAAAGGGCACCUUUGAACCUGCGAGGUUGGGUUCUACAAGAGCGGAUCCUAUCGAAACGGGUGCUCCAUUUUGGCAAGACGCAGUUGUUUUGGGAAUGCAGAGAACUGCAAGCGGCCGAGACAUUCCCCAGCGGGACUUCGUACGAUGGCUCUCGCCCGGUAGGGAUCAAAUGCUUAGAGCCAGAUGUCGCCGGUCCGUUGAACAAGACAGCGAACGAGUCUCACCGCGAUCCGAGAUUCUGGGCUUACGAUCUGUGGACGGGAAUUGCCACAACAUACAGCAGGUGCUCCUUGACCAAAUCCGGGGACAAAUUUCUCGCAAUCAUGGGUCUCGCGAAGCACAUGAAUGGACUCAUCAAAGACAUGUACGUUGCUGGCAUGUGGCGAAAAUACCUGGCAAGUGAGCUGGCGUGGAGUGUGUCGCGUCACGGCGGCACAACUCCUUCAACGCCCGAUAUUUACACUGCGCCGACAUGGUCUUGGCUUUCCAGGAAUGCCGAAAUUCAAUGCAGCAAAGUCAAAGACAAGGGCAUUCGUCUCAAGGUCAAAGACGUACAGCUCGAUUAUGCCACCGACGACCCUUGCGGCCCUCUGCUCGGCGGACGCUUAGCAAAUGGGAUCUUCUCUCGCGUAGGUCUGAGCUACACACACAGCUCGAGGAAGAAGUUGCUCCGUGACCGAAACAGGGUACCGGAGCUGCCGUGCGUGUCGUGGGAUGCGAAGCAGAAGUUGCAUACCAUUUGUGUGAUAUGA